AUGCCUAGAGAAAUCUCAAAUGUGAUUUUUUCUGAAAAUGAUUUGGUUGAAGAUGUAAAAAAUGCUGUGUUUUCCAUUUUAGGACUUGAGAAAGAGGAAGUGUGUUGUGAUAUAAGUAUUUUUGGUUAAUCUAUCAGCUCUUAAAAACGUUAAAGAUCACUUCUUCAAUUAUCCAUUAAAUCUAAUACAACUAUAGAGGCUCGUUUGAGAUGGAUUUGA